AUGGACACGGAGAUGUCCGAUACCUCUCGAAUCACCCACGAAAAUGAAAACCCAACUACCAAAAGGGUCAAAAACAGAGACCAAAUCCCAGAAAUUACUGAAAACGACCACCCAUCCUCAGAGCAAUCAGAUCCCCCGAUUGCCACCACCUCGAAUCCAAUGUUCUCCACUCUUUCACAGUUGACAUCCCCAGCAGUUGAGGGCAUCCCAUCUUUUAAAGACAGACUCCUCCAAGGCCAAUCGAGCCACUUCUCAAAUGGUUACCACAUGAUGAAUGUUACAGUUGAAGAAGGGGAUGUCACAUACGGGGACGAAGACGGCGUCCCCUCAACUAAUUUCUCAAAAAGAGUCAAAACACAUAUGAAAAUUGUGAUGACCUACUCUAUUGUUGUGAAACCGCUGAGCAGAGACUUUCGCUGGAAUCGUCUCCACAAAAGGUUAAAAGGAUUAUGGAAAAUAAAGGGAGAAUUGAAACCGAUGGAUACCAUAGAAGGAUACCACUUUUUCAGACUCACUACAGAGGAGGAUUACUACUUCAUCUUACUAAAUGGGCCUUGGUCUCUUGAUGACCAUUAUAUUCUAGUUUUGCCGUGGACAAAGCAGUUUAGUACCAAAGACGACAACAUAAGCGCGGUGGCAAUAUGGAUUUGCAUUCUGGAUCUUCCAAUCGAGUAUUUCCAUGAAGAUUUACUACGGAGUGUGGCCAAACCCAUUGGAAGAUAUCUCAAAGAUGACAAGAAUACCAUUACUGUGGAAAGGGGCCAAUUCGCCAGAUUAGCGGUAGAAUUGGAUUUAACUAAACCACUUAUCGGUAAAACCAAGGUGGAUGAAAAAUUCUACAACAUCGAGUAUGAGGACCUCCAACAAAUCUGCUACACAUGUGGAAGAUACGGCCACCACAAAGAAGUUUGUCCCAAAAAACCGAACGGAAAUUCAAAUCUGACAACCGGAGAAACUCCGAGUACUACACCGGUGCUCCCACAACCGAGUGGCAACGGUAGCAACAUGGGCCCCAAAGAUUGCAACGGUAUAACAUAUCCUCAAAUAAAUAAUAUACAGAUCUUAGAGACCCCACAGCGGACACCCACAAUUUGGGAAUGGAGCCAUGCUGUUAAGAAAGGGAGGAGAUACCAAAGUAACCAAGGAUCUCCAUUCAGGAAGUCCCUCAGGACGUCUAUCUUCACGGCGAAGUACGCCAAUACUGUUUCGAACUCUGUUCAAUGCUCAAGAGGUUUUUCUCACUUGGGAAAGCAACUAACAACAUUCUGGGCCAGACAUGGACUUAUGUGUCCUGUUGGUCGACAUCUUUUGCGAUGGGAUGCUGGAAUAUCCGGAAAGUAUAGAACGAAGAAAUAUUUGCCGAUAAUUAUACCAAUUCUAGAAGUCUGGCCUACUAUAUCAUGGCUGCAACAAAAGAAGUGGAAAGAAUCUUCCACAGAAAAGCCAAAGAGCUCCAAACACGAUCAUGGUCAACCCAAUAUGGAGACAACCACCAUGACCCUGGAUGGGGCAAUCUGCUCAGCAUAA